AUGCGGUCUUCAACGCUAUGGGUCUUGACCCUAUGCUGCUGGCUUGUAGUGGGAUCCCAUUUCUCCUCACUUGCUUCCCAUGAACAUUCUCCCGCACAUUCUGCAGAAGCAUCACAAUUACCACCGGCCAAACCGACAAGCUGGCGGAUGACUCCUCAGCUUUCUCGCAAUUCAUCAAAGGCACUCCCGCCUCUUUUCCAGCCUUACUCCCCCGACACCCCGACGUUCCAGAAUCAAAGGCUUCUUCAGGAUCUCGCUGGCAAGCCUAAAUCAUCUGUUUACAGGACCUCGAAUAGUCAGGGUGGCCUCCUUUCAAAACGAGACUCCCUCCCCACGGGAACAUGUGCCCCGGGUACGCCGUGUGCCAACGGUGCGUGCUGCAGCAACACCGGUGUAUGCUCGUUCGCUCCGUCUAGCUGUGCCCCAGAUGUCUGUAUAUCCAAUUGCAACGCUACCGCCCCUUGCGGUCAGUGGGCGAAGGAAGGCGAGGGAAACUGUCCUUUGAACGUUUGUUGUUCCCAGUUUGGCUACUGCGGUACCACGUCCGACUUCUGUGGCAAGGGCUGCCAGGACGGAUAUGGUUCAUGUGGAGAAGUCGACAGGCCAUCUUGCUCCGGGGCCUCAGCCGAAAAUGGUCGGCGCAUUGGCUACUAUGAGAGCUGGGCUCACGAUUCGAGCUCCCGACUAUGCGGUCGGAAAUCACCGGACGACAUCCCCCUAGUCGGUCUCACGCAUCUCAAUUUUGCGUUCACCUUUUUCGACCCCAGCACGUUUGAGCUCUCACCAAUGACGUCCGCAGCUGCAGAACUUUAUCAGAGUUUUACUGGUCUCAAGAAAAAAAGGCCAGGUCUUGAGACUUGGAUUUCCCUCGGCGGAUGGUCGUUCAACGACGAGACCAAUAUCCCCAACACUCGCACGGCUUUCAGUGACAUGACCAGCACCUCCGCCAACCGGCGCAAGUUCAUCGAGGCUCUACACAAUUUUAUGCAAUCUUAUGGUUUCGACGGUAUUGACAUUGACUGGGAGUAUCCUGCUGCCGAUGAUCGUGGAGGCUCGGGUGCCGAUACAGGGAACUUUGUGAAGCUUGUGGAUGAGAUGCGAGCCAGCUGGGGUACCUCGUACGGAAUCAGCGUGACUCUGCCAUCGUCCUACUGGUACCUCCGAGGUUUCGACAUUGCCGCGAUGGAAAAGCAUCUUGACUGGUUCAAUGUUAUGAGUUACGAUAUCCAUGGCGUCUGGGACUCAAAGAAUCAGUACACUGGUCCCUACAUCCGUCCCCAUACCAACCUCACUGAGAUCAAGGAAGGCCUCGAUCUAAUGUGGAUGGCCGGGGUCGAUCCAAGCAAGGUGGUUUUAGGCCUUGGCUGGUACGGUAGAUCAUUCACUCUCGUCGAUCCGUCCUGUUCGCAUCCCAACGGAGUCUGCGAAUUCAGCGAAGGUGGCAGCCCUGGUCCAUGUACCAACUCCGCCGGCACUCUGUCAAUCGCGGAAAUCAAGGAGAUCCAAGCCUCCGGGAUCGCGGCUGAGAGCUACGACUCUGAAGCAGCGGUGAAGUGGAUCACUUGGAACAACGACCAGUGGGUGAGCUUCGAUGAUGGUGUGACCAUGAUGCAGAAGAUGAAAGCCGCAAAUGAGCUUUGCCUUGCUGGUAUCAUGAUCUGGGCACUGGACAUGGACAACGAUGACGGGGACGCCAUGAGCGACGUCAUGGGAAUCGGUAAAGCCAAUGGUGUUACUUCCGCCCAAGCCGCCAGUUUCAAGGAUCAGUAUGAAAUUGCCGCCGAAGGCAAUGCAGUCGCGUCAUCCUGCUACUGGAGCUUGUGUGGGGAGUCCUGCAAGAAUUCCUAUUUCGACGUGACCGAGGCUAGAGGGCAGGUCGCGAGCGUCCAACAGACUUCCAUCUGCCUCGUGGGUCAAUAUCAAACACUGUGCUGCGCUCCCCAAACGACCAUGGGAAAGUGCAAGUGGGAGGGCUUCCGGGGGGUGGGAUUACCAUGCACUCCUGUCUGUGAGGACCCCGACGCAGUGGUUGUGGCACAAAACAGUAACUCCUACUCCAUGGAUGAGGAUGGACAUAUAGCGGACCUGACCUGCACCGGAGGCUACCAGGCAUACUGCUGCUCCGGAUUUGUUCCUUCUUCGAAGACUAACACAGGAAAUAUGUUCCUGUACGGGCAGGGAAUAUUCAGCAAGCGCAGUCUGGAUAGUUCAACUAAAGAUGUCAAUUUGGCCCGGUCCGAACCCUCUAAAAAGUUGACAUAUUCCAUUUGUAUCGGUGCGCUCGGGUGGCUUAUUUCUGAGGCCCCUUUAACAUUUGGGCUUUCGCUUCUGGGAGUCCCGGCCGAGCUGGCUCUGUGUGCUGCUUCUGGCAUUGUGGUAGCUGCAGCAGGCUUUGCGACCAAGCCAGCGCGGAAAGCGCAGGGCAAUCCUGCCGGACAGCCAAAGACCAAAAAGAUUAAGAUGAACCUCGGUACAGGGAAUGGCCAGAAUGCCAAUUCGCAGUGGCCGAAAUUGAGCUUCUCAUCCAGCAAAGGAGGGGUGUGUGACUGCCACGUCACAUACACAUGCAGAUAUGGGAUGGGAUGGGAUGAGGUUUGCGAUAAUCAGCGAUGGGCCAUCACCUACCGGCUCAAUCAGCAAAGUGUAUUCGCGCCCAAUGCCCUUAGACCAUCCGGUCGGAUGUACAGCUCAUGGGCGGGAAAUCAGCGCAAAGAAGAAUAUCGUACCGCUGUUCAGAUGGCGCGCGGUGUCCCCGGCGCGAGAUGCCAACUUGAUGAAUUCCCCAUGCGGGAUCUCUUCGAAGCAGCAAAUAACAACCCUCAAGUCUGUCGAUUGGUUAAUGGUAGAGCCAAUUCAAGACAAGGAAACGACUAUAAGAUGUGGAAACGCAAUCAGUGGAUGCCGUGCUCGUCUUUUCGAUCCAGCUGCAACCUCCUUGCUCCGCCGGCAACGUGGGCGUUCAAUAGUCUUCCCGGUAAUCGGGGCAUGGGCAACAUGAUAGGAACGCGAUUCAUCACUGCCCUUGGCUUCGACUCUCAGACUGCAAAUUCCUUAUGCUUCGCCUCCUACUCUUACACUGACAGCCAGAACAACGUUCAUCACACCAUGGUGGAGGACCAUGGGUUCCGGGUUCUCAAUGAUGAUCCGAUGUUCUACGCGCCGAUGAACUGGCCUCGACAGAACUGGAAAAUUGAUCCAGGCCCCUAUAAAAAUGCUGCACAGCGCCCAGCCUCCGUCAAUAGCGCUGCACACAUGCGCCGUGAUUUCCCAAUUACCGUUGCUAUGAACCAGAGUCUUCCUUUUGAAAGUGACGACGAGGAAUCCUCCAGGCUCACAUGCAACGCCAUCUACGACGAAGAUCCCACUCUGCUCACAGUAGAUGGAAAGUUGGCGUACGAUGCUCUGCAGUUUGAGGACUUACUCGGAAAUGAAAUCGACGGUCGUUCCUGCGACGUUAUUUACGCGGAUGACGAGGGUGGUCCGGUGGAGCUUGUGGUACGCGAGGAUGGCAGCGUGCAGUAUAGCCAGAGUAUCCCUGAGAUUCCGGUUACUAGUGUCGAAGCCCAGAUGCCUACUAUCCAAGCCCAGAUCCCUGAAGGUCCUAUGGAUGGUAAUCCUCCUCGGAGUACUUCUGUCGACUAUGAUGCGGUCAUGGCGCAGGUCACGGCAGCGCCUGAUCCUGCCCAGUUUGAGUACCACCUGCAUCAUACUCACAAUCGCCAUCACUGA